AUGGAAUCACCUUUGAACUGCGUCUCGGCCUAUGCCAAGUGCACAAGUUCUAGCGUGGAUGGAGUGGAUGAUGUACCCCGGAGCAUUACGCAGUUCCUGAUAGACGACAUCAGCAGAAUCGAGCUGGCAUUACAAAACUCCACAGCUGUCCAUCAAUCGUGGCGCAACAGCAAACCGGCAAUUCAGAGCUCGUCGAGAACGGUGGUGACCGCGAGCCUCAAGCGCGAUGCCUUACCAACCCCGUCGUCGCCAGAAUACCGACGUCCACCGAACCUGCAGCUUGAUGCAGCUCGGGCGCGGGCUCGGCAGUGUCAGAGUAUUCAGAAGACAAUCAGGUCUAUGACUCCUGAGCAAUCCUCGGCACGCAAGAUACCACGUAAUACGAUGGGGUUGACUUCUUCUCGAGUCUUUGCCUCGAGUGGGACUCGGACUGAUGUUGACAGAGGGCCGUCUUCAUCCGUCACCGAGCAGACCCAGGGGCUGAUCAGUAUCAAGAAUCUGGCUGCUAUGCCACCUCGCAUCGUGAGGACACUGGUGCAAGUGUUUGUGGAUAAAGUCCACUCCCUUCUGCCUAUUGUGCAUGAGCCGACGUUGUGGCGUCAAGUCAGAAGGGUCCUUCGGCUCAUCCAUGAUGACGGACUCACUUCGAUCGCUCCCGACUACGAUUUUCUCAUGGUGCAUAUUAUCCUUGCAGUGUCAGCCUCGUUGGGGAGCGCUUCGAGCGGUCAUGGUCCACAGCGAAUGGCAUUCUCUGAGAGCCUUUUCCAGGAUGGCAUCAAGCAUUCGUCCAAUGCAGCCGUAUUCCCUUCUGAGUUGGCCGAGCUCCAAUCCAUUCUGCUGAUGCUGCAUUAUGGGACGAUCAAUCCUAGAUGCGCGAGUGUGUGGAUGCUGUCCGGCUCUGCCAUGAGACUGUGCCUCAAGCUCGGCCUACACCGCGAACCAGAAGAUCAAUCAACCUCAAGCGACCUUUCAGCUGACAUGAGAAGGCGGCUUUUCUGGAUGAGCUAUUGUCUUGACAGGCACGUCUGCGCUGCUCUGCAAUACCCAAUCUCUUUGUCGGAUGCUGCCAUCAACACUGAACACUUUUCCGUAUUGGACGACAAGUGCAUCGGCCCUAAUUCGGCGCCGUCACGGCCUGUCAUCCUCUCGAAGGCCCCCGCCCUGCACUGGCUGGAGUAUCGGCAAAUCCACUCGGACAUGGUGGAGGUCCAUUUCAGAGGAAAGCCAUUCGGCGAUUCUUGGGAGGAGUGGCUGGCGGCAAUGGAAGCAAAGCUUCGCACAUGGUACGACAGGCACCGUGACACUUACCAGUGGACGGAAACCGCCUAUCACAAUGCCCUGACCUACCUCCAUCGACCUUCUCCUCUGACCCCCAAGCCAACUGCAAGGAGUCUCCUCAUCGCUUUCGAGAAUGCAUGUGCCGUAGCCUUGAGCUAUGGUAAGGAUAUCCAUGCUGGCUACUUCCGCCGCCCGUGGCUUGCCGCUCAUCACACAUUUGCCUCCGCGGUGAUUGUUCUCUUUUGUCUGCGACACGGCUCGAGACUUAUACUUACCAAGUUUGAUCCCAAUGAGAUCUCGGAGAUGACGGCAUUGUUCUCACGGAAUUUGCAGAGUGUCUCCUCCGACUUCUGGCCGGAGGUGUCCCGCUGCUUGGAGGUCUAUAACCGCCUCCUGACUCCUCUGAUUCAUGCGAUCGUCUCAGGACAAGACCCUGCCCUAGCAUUCAGUCCUGAACAAGACGAAGAGUUGGCCCAUCUGUUGUAUCCUGGCACUACAAGGUUUGAAGCACUCUCCUGGGACGAUAGCAUGGGCGCACAGACAACCCAGGACGUUGAUACAGCAUCAGCCACUGCCGACGGCUUUGACUGGGACCUGUCCAGAUUCGAAGACUUUGCCUGGGAUGAAACCACUUUCGACUUCUUGGACGGAUAUUUCCACACACUUGACUGGUCAGAGUCUUUCCUCGUUACAUGA